GGCCCCCAGCGCCCCCAGCGCCCCCAGCGCCCCCAGCGCCCGGGUCAGCGGGGGACCCGCGCCGCAGCCCCGCCCCCCCCCGCCGCCGCCUCCCGUCCCCGGGCCCCGAGUGAGCGGGCUCUAGCCCCGGGGGAGCGGGCGGGCCAGCCGCAGCAUCUGUUCAGAACUUCCUGGCUCCGGCAUCUGAGAGGACAGCUGAGCCAGAGCUGGACAGACCAUCACCCCACGGAGCAGAACAGGAAGUUGGAGACUGAGGAUCCGAGUUUCUUCAGCAUGGGCAUGUGGUCCAUUGGCGCGGGGGCCUUGGGGGCGGCUGCCUUGGCCCUGCUCCUGGCCAACACAGACGUGUUUCUGUCUAAGUCCCAGAAGGCGACGCUGGAGUAUCUGGAAGACAUAGACCUGAAAACCCUGGAGAAGGAACCAAGGACUUUCAAAGCAAAGGAGCUCUGGGAAAAGAAUGGAGCUGUGAUUAUGGCUGUGCGCAGGCCCGGCUGUUUCCUCUGUCGAGAGGAGGCUGCGGACCUGUCUUCCCUGAAGCCCAAGUUGGACGAGCUGGGAGUCCCCCUGUACGCUGUGGUGAAGGAGCAGAUCAGGACUGAAGUGCAGGACUUCCAGCCGUAUUUCAAAGGGGAGAUCUUCCUGGAUGAAAAGAAAAAGUUCUACGGUCCCCAAAGGCGGAAGAUGAUGUUUAUGGGAUUUGUCCGCCUGGGUGUGUGGUACAACUUCUUCCGGGCCCGGAACGGAGGCUUUUCUGGAAACCUGGAAGGGGAAGGCUUCAUCCUCGGGGGAGUGUUUGUGGUGGGAUCAGGAAAACAGGGCAUUCUGCUCGAGCAUCGAGAGAAGGAAUUUGGAGACAAAGUGAACCCAGUGUCUGUUCUGGAAGCUGCUAAGAAGAUCCAAACCCAGACUUCGGCCGCAGAGACAAAGUGAUUGUGUGAAACCGCCCCGCUCAGGGAUAACCAGGGACACUCACCUGUUUCCUGGGACACGUUGUGUCUCCACUCAUGUCCCCAGAGAGUUAGAAACCUGCUCAUGCCAUCGUGUCAGUAGAGAUCAUUCACGUAUUAAUACUGUGCUCUCUUUAGGCCCAAUGAGGCAAAAUUAUUGAGAAGAAUCUAAGAAACCAGUGAGGGUAGUUUCAGUUAAAACCUGGAAAAUAGGAGGCUUAGCCUUGACAUGACAGCUGCGCCUCCCUACAACGUACAUGGUGUGUGAGUGCCACUAUUUGAAAUGGCUUUUAUUUUCGUGUCUUCAAAAAUCUUAGAAGAGGUGAUGGACUUGAAGAUUCAGGAUAUGAAGGUCGGGAGCUUGUGUUGUCUACUGACCCGUUCUACAACGUUAAAGUAAUAUUCUUGCAGAGGAUUGGUGGGCUCCUGACGGCUUACUAAAAGUAAAUUAUAAAGUGAAAUCUGUUUUUUUUUUUUUUUAAAUCUUCCAUUCUAACCUCAGAAGUUUGUGUGUCUAGAAGAAGUGAUCAUCUCUGGCUCUAAUAAAAUGUACCAUAAACUGCC